GCUCGUACACUACGGAUUACCUCAAUCCGAAUUCAUUCCUCGCUCACUCGAAAUUUGUGCGGACACGCGCGGCGGCAGUUAGUUAUAGUAGUCAUGACGCCGGCACCAGCAGCACCCAUCAUCCCCCGCUUCCUCCUCCCGCAGACCGGCCUGAUAUGGCGCCGGGCGGCUCCGGCGGCCUCGGCUCCGGCCUCCGUCUCGACCCGGAGCCGCGUAUUCCUGCGGCUCGCCAGGAACAGCAGCAGCAGCAGCAGCAGCAGCAACGCCGGCACUCCGUCCGGCCAGCGGGUGCUCGCCAAGCCGGAGCGCUUCAAUCCCCCCUCACACGGCUCCCGCCUGCCGAAGAAGAGCAUCCCGCGCCACUACGGCGGCGACCUCAGCUUCGAGGAGGCCAGCGCGCAAGCCUCCCGCGACUACCCGGGCCUGCCGCCGCCGCCAAACACGUUCGCCCACUGGUUCCUGCAUAGCCGCUGGAUCCAUGUUGUCAUCACCGUCGGCACGCUCACGGGGCUGGCCAUCUACACGUUCGCCCUCUCGUUCCAGAGGACGUCCCCCUUCGCCGACAUGCUCCCGCCGGCGUCCGAGUACCUGUACCACCCGAUCGGCUCGGUGCGCGUGCUGAUCGAGGUGCUGCGGCUGCACGAGGCGCACAAGGCGGAGCGCAUCAACGAGAAGCGCCGCCGCAACGUCGAGGACGUGGCCAAGCGCGCCGCCUACCGCAAGGCCCACGGGCUGCCCGACGAGAUGGGGCUCUUCAACCAGCCGAUGGCCAAGAUCAGGACUGCUGAAGACGGCGGCGGCGGCAGCGAUGCGGCGCAAAAGGAGGUUGAGGCUGCCGCCCCGGUCGAAGAAGAAGCCCCGGUCGAGGCUAGCGGGCACGGGGACGCCGGAGAGGGUGGUGUUGACGGGCCGAAGGGCUCGGAGGUGAAGCGGCUGACAGAAGAGGAGAGGAAGGCGGUGGUCGAGAAGACCAAGGGGAAAUGGCUGGGUAUCUUUUAAAAUUAUCAUCAUGAUGGCUGUAUACAUAACAUACGUACGAAGGCGAAGGCGCGACGAUUGUACAGUAGACGGUUCGGGACAGCGGGUGGGAAAAAUGGAUGGGAACUUGAGGCGGGCGGUUGAGGUU